GAUAGGCACGCAUGGAGCGGACGCUCAAUUAACAGUAGUCGUCUGGAAAUACGCAGGUUUUCGCUCUGCUCGAGACCAGCAUGCUCUUCUGAUGCACAUUCGGCUCUCUUACGCAGACUCUGUCGUGCACGUUGCAGAAGCAGCUUUCCAUGCCUCUCGCGUGUCUCUUCCGUCCUUGAUGGGCAACCAACUGGACCGGAUCACGCACCUAAGCUACAGCGAGCUACCCACCGGAGAUCCGUCGGGCGUGGAGAAGGAAGAGCUGCGCGUCGGCGUUGCAUACUUCUUCUCCGACGACGAGGAGGAGCUGGACGAGCGGUCAAUCGAGCGCGCCAGCCCAAGCCCGUGCGGCGAGGGCGCAGUGGGCACGCUGGACGAGCUCGAGUACUCGGCUUUCUACUGCCACGAAUGCAUCUUCUCCAAGGUGCGCGCGCGCGAGGAUCUGCGCGUGUACCCGGUGCCCACGCUGCUGAGCAUGUGCAAGCCGGGCGACGUACUGGAGCUGGUGGCGAGCGCGCAGGCGCCGCACUGGGCCGUGUUCCAAGGCGAGGACCAGGUGAUCCACCUGCACAAGGGCGAGAUCCGCAAAGACAGCCUGUUCGAUGUGAGCGGUGGCCGGCGCGGGCGCAUCGCCAACGAACGCUAUCGUUUUCGGCCUCUGCCACCCGACUUGGUGGUGCGUAAUGCGAGCGGUCAUCUGGGUUUGAGCCGCUCAGACGUGUGCUGGACCAGCUCGGAGAGCUUCGCCGCUUGGUGUCGUUUCGGAAAGCGCGAGUUUAAAGCCGGAGGAGAGGCGCACUCGGCCGGUCAGCGCUAUUUGCUUAAGGUGCACCUGUCCGAAAGCACUGUGCACACGCUCGUCUUUCGCAGCCUGGAGGACCUCAUACGCGAGCGGAGGCGCGUCGAUGCCAGCGGCAUUUUAGAAGAGUUGUCACUCCUGGAUGCCAAGCAGUGACUGGAUUUCGUGCGGGACUUUUCAGGAAUUUGCAAAGAUCACGACUUUUGGAUCGUGCCAUGCCAUCCGUGCCAUGCACUCCACGCUCAUGGACAUCUUAUAAAUGACUAAUUCUAAUAAACGCAGAUUUGCGCACAUGCGUUGUUGCGCACACGUGUUGACGCUGUUGCUCUGGAGAUGGAGCUGAUUUCGGAUUACAGCAUUGCUUUUAUUUUUGGAUUUUCUUUUGUC